GAGACGCGCGCGUCCGGAAGCAGAAAAGCAAAGUGUAAACGAGGGAUAAUCGUGACUGGCACUGACAGCUUUGUUUGGAAACAUUUGGGCAUGUGAACACAGAAAGAAUAGCUUUUUUAGAAGAUGUCAGCGUAUAUCCUUUGCAUAGUAAACGACUAGACGACGAAAAUAAGCUAACCCUACAAAUAAGGGGCAGUGUAAAAUGGCUAGCAGCUGAAAUCUGGGAUGCUGUGGCUGACAUGUCUAGUAAAGAAAGUUCAGAAGGAAAAAAAGGCUCACACCAGACAGAGCUGUACGAACAGGUCCCAGCAUCAUGUCUGCCAAUCGUUUACUCACCUGUGUAUAACAUCACCUUCAUGGGUCUGGAGAAACUCCAUCCAUUUGACGCCGGUAAAUGGGGCAAAGUCAUCCAUUUCUUAAAAGAGGAGCAGUUCAUCACAGAUGAGACCAUUGUUGCAGCAAGGGAGGCCAGUGAGGAGGAUCUCCUGGUGGUUCACACCAAGCGCUACCUGAGCAAACUCAAGUGGUCUCUGGUGGUUGCCACGAUCACAGAAAUCCCUCCUCUUGUUUUCCUGCCCAACUUCUUGGUGCAACGCAAGGUACUGAGACCGUUACGCACCCAGACCGGCGGCACUAUUAUGGCUGGAAAGCUUGCCAUGGACAGAGGAUGGGCAAUUAACGUGGGAGGAGGCUUUCACCACUGUUCCAGUGACAAGGGAGGAGGUUUCUGUGCAUACGCCGACAUCACACUCGCUAUCAAGUUUCUGUUCGAGCGAGUGGAGGGGGUCUCCAGGGCCACCAUCAUUGAUCUGGAUGCUCAUCAGGGAAAUGGACAUGAGAGGGAUUUCUUGGAUGACAGACGGGUUUAUAUAAUGGACGUCUACAAUCGGCAUAUCUACCCUGGGGAUGGAUACGCCAAGAGGGCCAUUAAGAGGAAAGUGGAGCUGGACUGGGGCACAGAAGACACCGAGUAUCUCCCGAAGGUGGAGCUCCACUGUGAGGGCACACUGAAUGAGAUCAGACCUGACAUUAUUGUGUACAAUGCGGGUACUGAUAUUCUGGAUGGUGAUCCUCUUGGAGGUCUUGCCAUUUCCCCUCAGGGCAUCGUGAAGAGAGAUGAGAUCGUGUUUAGGGCAGCACGGAGGAGAGGGAUCCCCAUUCUCAUGGUGACGUCGGGCGGCUACCAGAAGAAGACGGCGCGCAUCAUUGCCGACUCAAUCCUGAACCUGCACAGACAGCAUCUGAUUGGUGGAGAGGCGUUGGAAGAGGCGGGGCAGUCGAUGGUGCCAGUCAUGAUGAGCAAGUCCGUGUCAGCAGGGGCUGCUUUGAAUGCCAUCUGAUGUUUAUAUCUAGCUCCUAUCGGCCCGUAUGUUUAAAGUUAGCAGCACUGUCCUCAUGUUUGUUUAUUAACAGAACCAUUUAAUCCUGAUAAGGUGUAGGGUUAUCCAAGGAACUUUAUUCUUCAGUUUUAGUGAGGGGAAAGUUUAUAUUUUUUAACUGCUUCAGCCUGUGGUACUUUAACAAUGAAUUAACCCUUUUCGAUGAGAUUUUCAUUCUUUACAUUGGUACUUUAUGCGAUGCUUAUUUGCACAAUUUUGUUUUAAAUGACGUUAACAAAGGCUACAGCAAUUCCAAGGGAGGAAGCAGUUUGUAAAUUUACCGUACUAUAAUUUCUUCUGUAACAAUACCAAAAAUCAUUUGGUGCAAAGUACUCCUGUUUAAUAUAAGAGGCUAGCCUGAAUCUUUACCUGUAUUGCUCAUCAUUUUAUUCCUUUUCUAUGCAUUUCUAUAUGUCUAAACGCCAAUACUCCAUCCCCCAGGUCUAGCACAAUCCAAUAACAUUUCCCGUAGAGAGUUAAUCAGCAAGUUUAUUGGCUUGGCUUUGUGGGACUGACCAACUGAAUGUGCUAUUCUGAAGAGGAUUGCUUGCCUCUUACCCAGUUUGACUUUUUCAGCAGACUUCAUUUAAAGGUGUUUUUCAUCAGCCAUAACCCUCUCCGCGCCCCCAGCAAGUCUUUGCAAGAUCUUUUUCUUCAAGCUGACUCGGCAUAACUUUUAUAUAUACCCAGCACUGAGAGGAUAUAAAUUAGAAAUAUGUGCAGUCCUCCAAGGUGAUGCUCAACCCACCUCAAAAAGUGUAUCUUUUCAAGGCCUCUCCUGACCAGAGGUGUCUUCGGAAAAAACCAUGGCUAUUUUGUUUUUGUCAAAACACUCAGAAUGUUGAUAAGCUAAGAACAAUAUAAUUAAUUUGAAUUAACAAGAAAGAGGCCACUAGCAAUGACUUAUUCUUUUAUACACACAGAAAUGUUUCAUCGUGGUUAAUGGCCGUCGAAAACAAGGACGACUUGUAAAGUUUAGCUGUACAGUAUGCCGUCUGUUGUGUUUAACGCUUGGCUGCUGGAUUGAGAUCGGGAAUAGCUAGUAAUAAGGACAGUAUGAUGAUGGCGUUCUCCAUUAUUCUAUGUUGAAAGGGAUGUGUAUGAGAGUCCAGGCACAGAUCGCAAUACUUUAGACUGCCGUGGCUAAUUUUAUAGAUCCUUGAGGAACAUUGAGUGUGGGCGCAUGCGUUUGAAAGAUUCAGUACUUUAAAUGUGACUUUUUAGCAGGCAUUUUGAUAUGAUCAUUCACAAUGCACAGUGGUUUAGCGGUUAGCACGUUUGCCUCGCGCUUCCGGGAUUGGGGGAUCGACCCAACAAACACCCCCCCCCCCCCCACGAUCCAGAGUUUGCAUGUUCUACCCGUGCUUCAGGGGUUUGCUCGUGGUUCUCCGGUUUCCUCCCCCAGUCCAAAGAUAUUUUUUGUAGGCUGAUUGGCAUCUCUAAAUCGUCCGUAGUGUGUGAUUGGCCCCAGGAUGUCCCAUGCCUCGUACCCCGAGUCCCCUGGGAUAGGCUCCCCGCGACCCUGUGAAGGAUAAGUGCUAGAGAAGAUGGAUGGAUGGAUGGAUGGAUGAUCAUUCUCUUAGCUUUUUUAUUGAUUUUGGUGUUGUGUACCUUAUUAACAUGUAUAUACUUUAAACUGAUUCCUGAACUUAUACCCCUCUCAGGGGAGCUUAAUCUGAUGUUUUCGGAGGUCACGUGCUCUUUUACUGUAUUGUAUAUUCACUCACUACAUGUUGUGGCAAAUAACAAAAGUGCCAUAAUAAUAUAUGCAUUCUUCUUCUUUUUUUUUCGUUCUGUCUGGCAUUCAGAUUUAAACCACUUCUGUGUGAGAAUGGAACAAAUAAAUCAAAUCUAAUUACAUAA